GGAAGGUCGGUCCGAGGCCCUAAAACCAUAAUCAGUUCCGAAGAGACUCCAGGGUUUUUUAUGUUACCUAGUAUGGGCGACGAGAUCCAGUCUGGGUUGGAGACUACUUUCUGCCGUGCGGAGGGUUACAUAGGAAGUGCUGAGGAAACAAAUUCAGAGUGCUAAGACAUUUGCCUGAGGCCCUGGAGGAAGAAUGUGAAGCUAUGUCUACUGACUUCCAGAUGCUACAAACUCUCCCCUUUACUACCCUGAAGAUUUGGCCUGUACAAGACGGGAUGGUCCGGUGGAAUUCCCCAGUUCCUGCCUAGCGGAGUCCACUCCUUCUGCCCCCACAUGGAGCAGGGAGAGGAAGCUGAGUCAAGGAAGGCUUUUUGAAAGGGGAAAAGAGGAUGGAGACUGCAGUAUGGGGGCAGGGAAGUGGUGGUCACUAGAUUCAGAAAGAGGUCUCAGGGGGUUUUCCACCCCUUUCCCUUGGCUGAGCACUUGGGGCUUUGAGAUCAAGGGCUAGGGGAGUCCUUCAGCUCACCCCUCUCCCUCCCUUUCAUACAGUUCCCACAAGCUCUGCAGUUUGCAAAACCCAACCCCUCCCUUGAGGGCCUGUGGUUUCCUGUGGGUCUGGGGUCCUGCCUGACUUGGCAGUGGAGACUGUAGCAGUGGGGACAGGAGGACGUGGUGUAAGCUUUUUCUUUGCCUUCUCAUGCUGGGGCUGCCCAGCACACACACACACACACACACACACACACACACACACACACACACACACCAUCCCCUGAGUCAGCACCCGCCUGGCAGGGAGGGGUGGGGUCACGGUUCGCAGUGCCUCUGCCUCUUUAAAGCCCCCACCAGGGCAGCUGUGACCAGACACUGCUACCCUCACCAUGAGUUCCUGGUCGCCCCUGGCCCUGGCACUCCUGGUGCUGAGCUGCUGCUCUGUGGCCCCCAGACCACACAAGCCCACCUUUGUGGUCUUCCCCAGGGACCUGAAAAGCAAUCUCACUGACAGGCAGCUGGCAGAGGAAUACUUGUACCGUUAUGGUUACACUCGCACGGCUGAGAUGCGCGGGGAAGCGCUGUCCCUGAGGUCCUCGCUGCUGCUGCUCCAGAAGCGCCUGUCCCUGCCUCAGACGGGUGAGCUGGACAGCACCACCCUGGAGGCCAUGCGUACCCCACGCUGCGGAGUCCCAGACAUGGGUAAAUUCCAAACCUUCGAAGGUGACCUCAAGUGGCACCACCACAACAUCACAUACUGGAUCCAGAACUACUCGGAAGACUUGCCGCGCAGCGUGACCGACGACGCCUUUGCCCGCGCCUUCGCGCUGUGGAGCGCAGUAACACCUCUCACCUUCACUCGCGUGUACGGCCAGGAAGCUGACAUCGUCAUCCAGUUUGGUGUUGCGGAGCACGGAGACGGGUAUCCCUUCGAUGGGAAGGACGGGCUCCUGGCACACGCCUUUCCUCCUGGCCCGGGCAUUCAGGGAGACGCCCACUUCGAUGACGAAGAGUUGUGGUCUCUGGGCAAGGGCAUUGUGGUUAAGACCUACUACGGAAAUGCAGAUGGCGCCCCCUGCCACUUUCCCUUCACCUUUGAGGGUCGCUCCUACUCUGCCUGCACCACGGAUGGCCGCUCUGAUGGCACACCCUGGUGCAGUACCACGGCCAACUAUGACACCGACCGCCGGUUUGGGUUCUGCCCCAGCGAGAGACUGUACACCCAGGACGGCAAUGCGGACGGGAAACCCUGCCACUUUCCGUUUAUCUUCGAGGGCAAAUCCUACUCUGCCUGCACCACGGACGGUCGCUCUGACGGCUACCGAUGGUGCGCCACCACCGGCCACUACGACCAGGACAAGCUGUAUGGCUUCUGCCCCAGCCGAGUCGACUCCACUGUGAUUGGGGGCAACGCGGCGGGGGAGCUGUGCGUCUUUCCCUUCGUUUUCCUGGGCAAGGAGUACUCGACCUGUACCAGCGAGGGCCGUACAGAUGGGCGUCUCUGGUGCGCCACCACCUCGAACUUCGACACCGACAAGAAGUGGGGCUUCUGCCCAGACCAAGGAUACAGCCUCUUUCUCGUGGCAGCGCACGAGUUUGGCCACGCGCUGGGCUUAGAUCAUUCGUCAGUGCCAGAGGCGCUCAUGUACCCCAUGUACCGCUUCACUGAGGAGCACCCCCUACACGCGGACGACGUGAAUGGCGUCCAGCAUCUCUAUGGUCCUCGUCCUGGACCUGAUCCACGGCCUCCAGCCACCACUACACCUGAACCUCAGCCCACAGUCCCCAUGACGGUUUGCCCCACUGGACCCCCCAUUGCCUACCCCUCAGAGCGCCCCACAGCAGGCCCCACAGGCCCUCCAUCAGCUGGCCCCACUGGUCCCCCCACUGCCGGCCCUACUGCGGCCCCUACUGCGUCUUUGGAUCCUGCCGAUGAUGCCUGCAACGUGAAUAUCUUCGACGCCAUCGUGGAAAUAGGGAACCGUCUGCAUUUCUUCAAGGAUGGGAGAUACUGGCGAUUCUCUGACAGCAGGGGGCGCCCGCUGCAAGGCCCUUUCCUUAUUGCCAACACGUGGCCCGCUCUGCCCGCCAAGCUGGACUCUGCCUUUGAAGAGCCACUCACCAAGAAGAUUUUCUUCUUCUCUGGGCGCCAAGUGUGGGUUUAUACAGGCGGGUCGGUGCUGGGCCCAAGGCGUCUGGACAAGCUGGGCCUGGGCUCAGAGGUGGCCCACGUCACUGGGGCCCUCCCGCGCGCUGCGGGUAAGGUGCUCCUGUUCAGCGGGCAGCGCUUCUGGAGGUUCGACGUAAAGACGCAGAUGGUGGAUCCCAGGAGCGCCACGCCCGUGGAUCAGGUGUUCCCCGGGGUGCCCUUGAAUACGCACGACAUCUUCCAGUACCAAGAGAAAGCCUACUUCUGCCAGGAUAGCUUCUAUUGGCGUGUGAGUUCCCGAAAUGAGGUGAAUCAGGUGGACUUCGUGGGCUACGUGACCUUUGACAUCCUGCAGUGCCCUGAGGAGUAGGGCUUCCAUCCUGGUUCAGCAGAGUAGUAUGGGUCUCUACAAAGAUUAUUCCUGAUGGGGAAAGAGCCAGUUUGCUGGAUACAAACUGCUAUUUUGUUCUGGAGGUCAGAGAGGAGUGGAGGUGGGCUGGGCCCUCUCUUCCCACCUUCCUUUUUUGUUGGAAUCUUUCUAAUAAAUUUGGAUUCUCUAACCUUUAGGAGAUUUCAUGUGUGCACAUAUGCACAUCA